CUGAACCUCCGCUUUCGUGUCUCAAUCGUUGGAGCAGCAGCGCCUAAUUAUCCCAUCUCGCAGCCAUCUUUCACGCCGUCUCCUAUAUAUUUUCCCCCCUUUGUUACUUGUAUAACCCCACUGCUACGUUCUUUGCUCUCGUUUCCUGUUCUGUAUUGCAUUUGACGUUCUUCACUGUGGCUCAGUCAUGAGCGCACAUCGAUAUCAGCGGGUUGAUGGACACGAUGUAGACGAUGAUGAUGAACAAAUAUUACACCCUGUCCCAUCUGGACACAUACCCACGUCUCCUCCGCCUUCGUUCCACUCCAGAUCGCCCUCCCCUCCCUCGCGCCGUCUCUUAUCCCAUGACCCUUUACACUCAGAAGCGGAUCAAACCCUCGUGGAUACGUUUGGCGAUGAUGACGAAGACUCAGAUGCUGAAGAUGGGACCGAUGACAGACAAAGGCUGAUGAGGGGCAGUACCAGCCCCCCGGGUGAUAACGGUUCAACGCACUUUGGCCGCGGAGGAAAUGGAGGGCAGUCUCAGGGCGUGUCGACAACUGGGAAUAUGGCGCAGGCAGCAUUCAAUCCACCGGUGUCCACCUCGUCUAGAACGAUACACGGGGCUGGGACUACGAACGAUGGGGUUUUUGCAAAUUUGGCUGCGAAGCCAGAGCGCGGAGAAAAAACAGAGGAUCUACCACCGACCUACGAACAAGCAGCGGCUGACGCCACCCCCCCUUACUGGGAGACGACCAUUGUUGCCCCCGGCAUGUCUUCCGACGAAGUCUAUGUUGACGGCCUCCCUGUCGGCUCCAUAUUCUCCUUUAUCUGGAACGGCAUGAUCUCCACGUCUUUCCAACUUGUCGGAUUCCUCCUUACCUACCUCCUCCACACAACCCACGCGGCCAAGAACGGCAGCAGGGCCGGUCUGGGCCUCACCCUCGUGCAAUACGGCUUCUACAUGAAAGGCAGCAGCGAAAUAAAUAGGCCAUCGGAACCUGACGGCGGCUACGCCACCCCACCGGACCCCAAUAGCCAUAAUUUCGAUCCGAACAAAGUGGGCGAACCCGGGUAUGAUUCAGGUGCCGACUCGGGAAGCUCAAAGCCGCUCGCGGGUAUCACGACAAGCGAAUGGGUCUCGUAUGUACUUAUGAUUGUUGGUUGGUUUAUAUUGAUCCGGGCCGUCAGCGAUUUCCUCCGGGCACGACGACAUGAACAGCUGGUUCUGCAAAGCCCUGACCGUGGCCUCGGCGUUCCUGUAGUCGCUGAAGGCGAACGGGCCGAGACGGUCGUCUGAAACCGGGGUUCGUUUCCUUUUUUUUUGUACAUGUUCAAUGGGACCAGAUCUUUUUUUUUUUCUUCCUCUUUUGUCCUGGAUGAUGGAUUUCUUGGGCUUUUCGGGGAUUGGGACAAUUCUGAAACUAUUACGUUUUUUCCCCCUCUUAUUUCCACAAUUGUAAUUACUUAUAAUUACUACCCAGGGAGCUCAGGCGUUCUGCUCUUUUUUUGUCCGGCCUUGUUUGUCUUUGUCAUUUCCUUCCUCCCUUUUCCAAACUCUAUAUCCUCUCUCCUAUAUCGUCGAUCCACCGCCUUAAAACAAACUUCUUGAAGUUUGGAAGAUACCUUCGUACCUAGAUAUACGUUACAAACAAAUCCCUUUCCCUUCCCUCCUCUCUGUCUUUCUCUCUCUUAUUGGUGGCGGAAACUCGUGCACAUAAAUACAUACAUCCAUACAUACACACACACACACACACACAUGCACCGGCCUGUUAUUCCCUUUGUCUCAUUUUUCUUUUUCGUUUCUUUUCUUUUCUUUUUCCAGUCAUCCUCCCACCGGGAACACCACCCUACAUCCGUAUAGGCACUUACAUACACAUACAUAACCUUUAUAUCUCUGAUGCACACAUGAUCUUCUCGGCCUUCUUUACCUCCUUAUCUCGAAUUUUUUUUACAUAUUCGUCCCUUGUACAGGUUUCUCCGUACUGCCGCAUGGAUUAAUUAGGGUGCCUACACAACCGUGGCUGUGUUGUGUUGUGUACCUUUUCCACGCAUUUUGUGUGACUUUGGCGCGAUCCGGGAAGACUCCUGGUCCGUCCCCGAUGAUAGAUCGUAGCCCUCUCCCUCCACUCGGCACUCUUUCACAUUUGGGGAAAACCAGUUGUAAAAGCGGAAGUUGUAGAAGUAUUUUUCUAUUAAAAAAAAAAAAAUUUGCUGAGCAGUUCAAUCAAAAGUGAUAGACAAACAUCUCUCAACCCGCGGGAAUGUUCACCAUUACCCUUCACCUAUACUCCGUAGUUAGUUACUACUUCUUUGCCAAAAAAAAAAAAAAAAAAAAAAGGAGGGAUGAUGGG